AUGUUAGAGAUGACCAAAAAUCUAGAUUGUAUCCCGUACGAUGUUUUCUACCAAGUGGCAUCCACCCUGGACUGUCAUGACUUCAUACAUCUCAGCCGGGUGAAUCGAAGCCUGAAUGCCUUGAUGCGAAACGAAUCGCUGGCACGGAAGACAGUCGAGAACCACCUCCUCCAUACCAAGGAAGGGCAACAAGCAAGUGAGAACAAGUCUGGAUACCGCCACGCACUGGGGCGUCUCUAUGACAUUAAGGAAGCAGUGGCAACCGCAGAUCCGUAUUCCGCCUCGAUUAUCGGCUACGGGAGCGCCUUUCUCUACAGCGGCGGUGCGCUGUGCUACGUGUUCAACGACGAGAUCCGCGCGUUGGAUGUCCAUGGGGCCAGCCAAGUCGAGCAUGUCCUGAAUCUGCACGCGGUCCUGUCGCGCGUGAUCCCGGGCUGCGACCCGACCGAAGACGCAACCCAACUGUCGCUGAUGAACUACAGCCAUGGCGUGCUGGCCAUUGCCGUGGACAUUGUCGAACGACGGGAGACCUGGCUCCUGGCGGUGGAUAUGCGGCGAAAGACGGAAGGGGGAAAGGGGCGAUUGCGCCUGCGCCGCCAACUCGAGAACAAACAGCGAUUAUUCGUGCGACACAACCAAUCUUACCUCUACUACGGGACCCACUCCGGCGCGGGCUACCAUGGCUAUAAGCAAUGGAUCGUCAACUGCGUCGAGCUGGCGACGGGCAAACAGACGAACGAGACCCCGGUGCAACUGCACAAUUUCGCCGGCAACGAAAUCGGACAAACAGUGUGUUUUGAUAUCCACCAGGACCAUCUGUACGCCGUGUCGACGCAGGCGUCGUUCGAGAUGGAAGAGGUCGACUGGACAUCCUUCUACGUUUGGGUCUGCGUGGCCCCCACCGACAAUACGAAGCGCGUGACACUGAACCGGACCUGGCGCCGCCAGCAUCGGGAAGGCCCCAUUAAUGACUCGUGGUCGGAUAUCUCGCUGCGACACGAUGAGGCCACCCAACAGCUGAUCAUCCUGGAAUGUCGCCGCGAGUGGCACAAGGGCGGCAGUGAGAACAUUCGCACAUACUACGUGCAGCCGCUCCCAUCGCCCAGCGAGAUCAUCCACAGUAAGCACCAGGGCGAAGCCUUCCGUCCCGUCUCUCUGCCGGACGAACCGUUGACCAAAACCCUGGACUCGUCCAGCAAACCGAACUACGAACGCCCCCGCAAGCGCCUCCGCCGACACUAUCACCCCGAAUACCCCUUGGGCGGCGGCGACGACCCUGUGCCCCGGCGGGACUUCAUCUUGAACCGCACCAAGCUCCGCACUUACAACCUGUGCGCCUCAACCUUCAUCGAUCUCGUCAACGACCCCUGCCCUACCCCCGGCAGCCUAAUUCCGCACGACCGCUUACGGCUGCGCAUGGUGUCGCGCAAGCGCAAGUGCCCGAUCGAUGAGGCGGGCGAAGAAGGGCCCCCGAACCGGCUCUAUCGUCCGGAGAUUACGGAAGACGACCAGGACGGUGAUGGACCACCUGCGGACGGCAGUGACGAGCGCUUCGCAUCCCGCGGCAUCCGCCUCUGGCCGCCUGACAACGCGCCGCCUGAGUUGGCCCAACUGCUCUGCCCCUCCAAGCGCACCGGCAAGGUCGAGGCCAUGGCGGACGAACGGACCAUCAUCUACACCGUGAACCAGGAGGGCCUGCGCUCCGACCUUCAGGCGAUCAUCCUCAUCAACUUCGAUCCGGCGCUGCGACUGCCCGGUCUGCGGCGCUUGGACAUGUCCGGCACGCCUGAAACCCAACCGACGGGCACUGAACAACCGCAGAUACCACCCAUGUUCAAUCCUCCCACGCGCGCAGGGCGAACCACAAGGAGCCAUCUGUCCGGGAGGAACGGGCGAUGCACUUGCACAUCCAACGUGGAUACUGGCUCCGAUAGAUGA